UUUUUGCACCACUACUUUCUAUUAGUGUCAUAUAUGAUGGCUAAUGUGUCCACGCGAUAUAUUGUAUUCUGCGCGACAGCACUGGUUACAAUGCUGGCUGGUGCGCAAUGGGUUCACGAGCUCUACAAGCCGCUCGACGACUUGGAGGAUCUAGUCGAACAGAGACUAAAUGAGAGGCGAAAAGAGUUGCAGAAGAAAUAGUGUAUAACCACAGAAUGUGUUCAGAAUGUAUUCACUGUAUAAUAAAUUAUUGCUGUUUUAAUAGACAGUGAUUGAUUAAUGUA